CUUAAUUUGUCAAAACAACAAAAAUGGCAGAGGAAGACUUCAUCCCUCUCCAAGGUUCAGCUGGGAAGAAAGAACGCAAGGAGCGUGUCAACACAACCCUUUUCGUCUCCUCCCUCCCUUAUACAGCCACCACCACCGACCUUCUCACCCACUUCUCAUACAUCGGUCCUGUACGACAUGGUUUCGUCGCUACCGACAGAGAAUCAGGCAAGUCAAAAGGUGUCGGUUACGUGACUUUUUCGUUGAAAGAGGAUGCCGAUCGGGCAAUUCAAGAGUUGGACGGAGGUUCUUUCGGUGGCAGUAAGAGGAAGAUCCAAGUGAAGUGGGCUGAUGAAAGGGCGUCUCUGAAAGACCGAAAAGCCGAGAUCAAGGUUUCAAAACCCAUCCCUGGACAGACAGACAACAAGUCGACGGACCCCAAGGCUAUCCAAACUCUUGUUCUCACUGGGUUACCAUCUGAUAUCACCAAGAAUGUGCUUUGGAAGAAGAUUAGAAAGGUCAAUGACAAGGCCGAGUUGGUGUUCCCUGUCGAGGCUCAAGAAAACGAGGAGGAGGCUCCCAAGGAUACUGCCCACAUCGUUUUCCCCUCCCACGGUGAUGCUCUCAAAGCUCUUCCCAAGCUUCACGGCCAUACGUACAAGGGUAACAUCUUGUCUUGUGUCCUCAAGAAGCGUCUUGAAAAACUUUCCGCCAAAGGAGAAGGCAAAGCUCCCAGCCACGCUGGUAGACUGAUCAUUAGAAAUUUGUCUUGGGACACCACUAUCCAAGAUCUCCGAAAAGCUUUCCUCCCUUACGGUCCUAUCCAUUCUAUCGAUCUCCCUACCCUUCCCUCCAAACUCCCUCCUUCAUCCGACCCUGCCAAACCGCCGCCCCCUCCGCGUGCGCGUGGCUUCGCAUUUGUCUGGUUCUUGGCCCGACACGACGCUGAAAAGGCUAUUGAAGGCACCAACGGUAAACCAAUCAAGAAGGGUCCUGAUGGUGAGGGUCGAGUGGUAGCUGUUGACUGGGCGUUGAGUAAGGAAAAGUGGCAAGAGGCGACUAAAGGAGAGGAGAAGAAGGAAGGGGAGAAGGAAAGUUCUGAUUCUGGGUCCGAUUCUGGAUCCGAGUCUGAGUCUAAUUCGGAAUCUGGCGAGGGAUCUGAUGAAGAAUCAUCAGGUGAUGAAGGUACUUCCGUAGUUAGCGGCUCAGAAGAAAGCAGCAACACGGAUGAAAAUGAAGAGGAGGAGGAGGAGGAGGAAGAAGAACCUGUCAAGCCUACCCUCCCCACUGUCGAUGUCGGCAGUACCCUCUUCAUCCGUAACCUCCCCUUCGAAACUACCGAACUUGAGCUUAACACCCUCUUCCGUUCUUUUGGGCCCUUGCGAUAUGCCAAAAUUACCAUUGACAAGGCAACUGGACGAUCCAGGGGAACUGGCUUCGUUUGUUUCUGGAAGAAUGAGCAUGCCGAUGAAGUUAUUGAAGAGGCGCAGAGAGUCGCGAUGGAAACUGGUGCCAAUUCUAUCCCUCUUGGUGGCGCAGCCCCCAAGAAUCCCUUCGCCCUCCCUUCCCUCCUUACCGCUGACCCUUCCUCUUCUCUCGCUUCCCGUCUUGUCCUUCACGGGCGAACCCUCGACAUCACCCGUGCCGUCACCCGAGAAACCGCCUCCCAAAUGAAGGAAGACACUGAACGUCUCCGUAACGCCGCAGACAAGCGAAACACCUACCUCAUGCGCGAAGGUGUCAUCUUCCCUAACUCUCCAGCCGCCGAGGGUCUGCCAGAGAGCGAGAUUGAAAAACGUCAGGCGAGCUUCAACUCUCGUAAAGCCUUGUUGCGAGGUAACCCUUCGCUGUACAUCUCCAAAACACGUCUAUCUAUCCGACAGUUGCCUCUCUUCGCGACUGAUAGGACGCUCAAGCGAUUGGCUAUCCAUGCAGUCAAAGCUUUCGACAAGGAAGUUGCUGAUGGUGAGCGAGAAGGUUUGGCUAGGGCAGAAGAGAUGGACGGUACCAUGAGUUCUGCUAUUGCCGCUCGUGGCGACAAGUCAGGCGGUAAGGGUAAGGGUAAAGGAGGCAAGAAGGAGCGUGAGACAGCUGUCAUCCAAUCCAAGAUUGUCCGCCAAACUGAAAAGCUCGAUCCCGUCACAGGCCAAGGCAGGUCGAAGGGUUAUGGUUUCCUUGAAAUGCGUUCCCACAAGGAUGCACUUAAGGUGCUUCGAUGGGCGAACAAUAACCCUGAAGUGGGUCCAUUGAUGUGGGAGUGGUGGAAGGUUGAGCUCGGAGAUAUGAAGGAGCGAGUGGAAAAGGCUUUGACGGAUGCUAGGAAGAGGGAGGAAGAGCCACAGAAGGAAACCGCCAAGGAGAGUAAGAAGGGAUUGGAAAGCGUUGAGGAGUUAGAGUCGAGGUUGAAGAAGCUUGAUAGCAGAUUGGAAGAAGGCGAUUCAAGAAGCGGUGGUGGAAUGAGAGGUGGAAAGACUCUUAUCAUCGAGUUCAGUAUUGAGAACGUCCAGGUUGUGAAGCGCCGAGUAGAAAAGAUCACCACGGCGAGAGAGAACGGGAAGCGCAAGGCGGAUAUAAUUGCAGCUGAAGACACCGAUGACGACGAAUCUGCCUCUUCCAAGCCCGCUGGCCGAUUUGACAAGCGCGCCAAGCGCGACGGACGUGAUGGUCGUGAUCGUCGCGACAGGCAUGAUGGUCCCGGUGGUCGUGAGGGGUUAAAAGGCAACUUUAGAGGCAAGCAAGGUCAAGAUCGAGAGCAAGGCGGCAAGUUUGAUAAAGACAGGCCUAGGGGAGGUCAGAAUGGCCCAAGACGGGAUUAUAACGAUCGUGGAGGUCGAAAUGAACGAGGUGGUCGCAACGACCGUGGUGACAGACCUGGUCAAGUCCAGCCCCGACAACCUGGGAGGAGGGACCAAAAAAGUGUGAACCAGGUGAAGAAGGAUGUCAAGACCAAGGAAGCUGGGGAGAAGAGAGGUAUUGAGAAGUUCGGAAGUCAACUGGGUAGCAUGAUUGGGAGGAAGAGGAAGAUGCGCAAGGGUGCAAAGUAGGUGGUGAUUGUCCUGCCUUCGUUUUAAGUCUCUGUCCGGUUACAUGCAUGUGUCUAUUACUGUACCGGAUUUCUCUCCAGUCCAUUGUUUGACACUAACCAAUGGAAUGAAUAAAUUGAAU